ACAACCAUUUCUCUCCAAAUAAGCAAUGAGAGCCUCAUGUUACGCUCUCUCUUCUCUACGAUCAUGACGUCCGCUCCAAAGCGUGUCCCUAUUCCCAAGAAUGGCGUCGAUUAUCGCGGCAAGGUCGUGCUGGCCCCGAUGGUGCGCAGCGGCGAGUUGCCAUCACGGCUCAUGGCCCUCAAAUACGGUGCGGACCUAGUCUGGGGCCCUGAAACUGUCGACCGAGCCAUGAUCGGCACCACUCGACGCAUCAAUCCCUUCACCUCGACGAUCGAAUACACCCGCAUCCCAUCCAACAUUGCAAACAACCCCUCCCUGAGCGAGCCCGAGCGCACCUCUCUGGCCAAUGUAAUCUUCCGCAUCGACCCAGCGCGGGAGUACAAACGACUCAUAUUCCAAAUGGGCACCGCAUCACCUGCCCGGGCCGUCGAAGCCGGCCACAUCAUCGGCGCCGACGUGGCCGGAAUCGACGUCAACGCAGGCUGUCCGAAACCAUUUAGCACAUCGGGCGGGAUGGGCGCGGCGCUACUGCGGACCCCCGACCUGCUCUGCUCCAUUCUCGAAUCCCUCGUGCGCGAAGUCGGAAGCAAAUACGAGAUCGGCAUCAGUGUCAAGAUCCGAAUUCUCGAGACGCCCGAACUCACGGCGUCUCUUGUGCGGCGACUCUGCCAGACCGGCAUCACGGGACUCACCGUCCAUUGUCGCACAACUCCCAUGCGGCCCCGCGAACGCGCCAUUCGAGACCAGCUUUGCAUGGUUGGGACGAUAUGCCGUGACCACGGCGUGGCAUGUCUGGCCAACGGCGACGUUGAAGGGCGUGACCACGCACUAGAACUGGCUAAAGAAUUCGACGUUGACGGCGCAAUGAUUGCUACAGCCGCAGAACGCAACCCAAGCAUCUUCCGCGCUGACGUCGACGGCGGACCCGCACCCUGGACUACCGUCGUGCCGGAAUACGUCCAGUGCGCUCUCGAAGUACACAACCGCUGGAACAACACAAAGUAUCUCCUCAGCAACAUGAUCCCCGGCAAAGACGCAGCGUACAAGAAAAUGUCCGCGUCCAAAUGCUACUCCGACCUCGUGCAGGUGCUCGGAUUGGAGAAUCUCAAAGAACUCGCCGCCGAGGUAGACGAACGCUUAGGCAUCUCCAACAAAGCCAAUAUCAACAAAGGCACCGCUGCCGCCGCCGCACCCUCGGGUGCUCCCGCAGUAGAAAAGGCUAAAAAGGCCAAUCCUUCUGCCAAGGCCGCAGGUGGUGAACCAAUUCUUCCUCACAAAGACGCACCUAAGCAAGAAGCACGCGAGGCCAAGCCGCCUGCUGCUACUACUGCUGCCACGGCUCUGGAUCCCACUCUCAGUAUCAACACCGAGCAAUUGCAACCUCCAGCGCAAAGUUUCCUGGACACGAACAAUGCUCCUACUCCUGCACCAAUGCGACAGUCUGUUUCCGCCUAGUCUUUUCCAUAUCCACUCAUCCACGCCUAGUCUCUUCACCAUCCAUUUCAUCGGCGUUUCAUUCUACCAACCUUUCCAUCAUACCAAUAAGCAUCAUCCAGGCGCGCAGGUUAUAUCUGGAGUUUCGGAUCUACAUGCGGAUUUCCAUAAUUCAGGUUCCAAGGUCCAGGAGAGAGAAAUAAAAGACUGGGAGUUAGACCUCUUCGCUCCUCUUUACUUCACUUCACUUCUUUCGCUGCUCAUGGCCUUUCCUUUUCCUUUUCCUUUUCCUUUUCCUUUUCCUUUUCCUUUUCCUUUUCCUUUUUCUUUUUUCUUUUCAUAUCACUACCAAGACAUACCUGCUUUUAUAUACCACAUUUCAUGGUGCCACAUGC